GAUGAUUGAAACUCCCGCGGCCCCUCUCAGCCAAUGAGAUCCUCCGGAGCCCCGAGCAGCGCGGGGUUUAGAUGAAGGGGGAGGAGCGCGAGAGACAUCCUCUGCAAGAAACUGUCAACCUUCAGCAUGUGCAGAGCUCCCCGAGUUUCAGACCAGGAAAGCCUCAAGCCAUUUGCCCAAAUCCAACUAUCCAGGCAGUGGAAGGUGAUACAGUCACUCUACAAUGUCAUCUGAAUCCCCCGCACAACGUGGUGGAUUACGCUCUUGAUUGGACAAGAGAUGACCUCAACAAAGGGGUGUACUCUUAUCGAGGCAAGCAGGAAAAUCCAAAUGACUGGAUGGAUCAAUACAAAGGCAGGUCGACUCUCCACCUUGAAGACCUGAGCAGAGGCAUCCUGACUCUGCAGAUCUCCUCAGUACAGCUGGCUGACAGCGGACCGUACAAGUGUUUUAUCUCAAGACUGUUGACCAGCUGUGUUGUUAAUGUCACUGUUGAAACGAAGGGAAAAGACCAACAGAACGAGACAAAGAGAAAUGAAUCCAGCACAACUGGACCUCCAGACGAUCACAAUGCUGCAGAGAUGGAGGCAGUCUGGAAAACUCUCAUUCCCAUCCUUGUUGUUGCUGCUGCUGGCGGCAGCGUUUUGUUUAUCCUGGUGAAACGUGGAAAGAUCAAAAUUUGCAAGAAGACGCUCCGAAGAGCGAACUUCAAAAUGGAAAACUUGAGGACCGGAGCAAUAGAGAGGGAUGAAGACUGAGACCAAUAACUUGUUUUGCUCAACAAACAUCAAGUUAAAUGUUGUUUAUGGAACGUAAUAUCUCAAACCAAACGUCUCUGACUACGCUUAUAUUCUCUCUCUAUAUGUCUAAUAGCCUUACUUCUGGGGACUGAUGAUGAUUAAGUUUAGAGGGAAGAGGGACUGCGCCAAAAUCGUGGAAAUACAUUCACAGCAGCGACCAUAUUUGCAGCAAUUCC